ACCAGGAAUUUUCUUUGAAAUCGGUUUGAUUUAGCCAUGGCUAACGCGGCGUCAGGAAUGGCUGUGCAUGAUGAUUGCAAGCUGAAAUUUAUGGAACUGAAGGCGAAACGAACAUUCCGUACCAUAGUUUACAAGAUUGAAGACAAGCAAGUGAUUGUAGAGAAACUUGGUGAACCUGAACAAUCGUAUGAUGACUUUGCAGCAAGUCUUCCAGCUGAUGAAUGUCGAUACUGCAUUUACGAUUUCGACUUUGUCACUGCGGAGAACUGCCAGAAGAGCAAGAUCUUCUUCAUUGCAUGGUCUCCGGACACUGCUAAAGUGAGAGACAAGAUGAUUUACGCGAGCUCUAAGGAUAGGUUCAAGAGAGAACUAGAUGGAAUUCAGGUGGAACUUCAAGCUACCGAUCCAACCGAAAUGGGUCUUGAUGCUAACGCAGCAUCAGUAAUGGUUGUGCAUGAUGAUUGCAUACUAAAAUUCUUGGAACUGAAGGAGAGUCGAACAUUCUGUUCCAUAGUCUACAAGAUUGAGGACAACAUGCAAGUGAUUGUAGAGAAACUUGGUGAGCGUGAACAAUCAUAUGAGGAUUAUGUAAACAGUCUUCCAGCUGAUGAAUGUCGAUAUGCCAUUUUUGAUAUCGAAUUUGUCCCAGGGGAGAGGAAGAUUUGCUUCCUCGGGUGGUCUCCGGAAACUGCCAGAAUGAGAAACAAGAUGAUUUACGCGAGCUCUAAGGAUAGGUUCAAGAGAGAACUAGAUGGAAUUCAAGUGGAGUUUCAUGCAACCAAUCCAACCGAUAUAGGUCUUGAUGCUAACGCAGCAUCAGUAAUGGUUGUGCAUGAUGAUUGCAUAUUCAAAUUCUUGGAACUGAAGGAGAGUCGAACGUUCCGUUCCAUAGUCUACAAGAUUGAGGACAACAUGCAAGUGAUUGUAGAGAAACUUGGUGAACGUGAACAAUCAUAUGAGGAGUUUGCAAACAGUCUUCCAGCUGAUGAAUGUCGAUAUGCCAUUUUUGAUAUCGAAUUUGUCCCAGGGGAGAGGAAGAUUUGCUUCAUCGCGUGGUCUCCGGAAACUGCCAGUAUGAGAAACAAGAUGAUUUACGCGAGCUCUAAGGAUAAGUUCAAGAGAGAACUAGAUGGAAUUCAAGUGGAGUUUCAUGCAACCAAUCCAACCGAAAUAGGUCUUGAUGUUAUCAGUCGCCGUAUCAACUAAGAAAUAAAACCCUUGCAAGGGCCUUGAAUAAACUUGUUUCUCGAGUGAUAUGUAUCCCCUUGACUAUUAUUAAAACUUUUAUAUUAUUAUCUAUCUAUUUGGUAUUAUGAUAUGUCUUCAUGUGUUUUCAUCUAUGAGAACUAAAUGUUAGUGUGCGUC